AUGAUGCACCGCCCCCAACACAACACCCCCAAACAGCCCCCGUAUCCAACUCACUUCCUUCCACACGCACACCACCCUCCCAGACACACUCAUAUCUUGGCUUCUUCUCUCGUCACCCCCACUUCUCCCCCCCUGCACGCCAUCUCUCCUUGCAGGGAUGUGAGCUACAACGAUCUGUCAGGGCCCAUCCCACCAUCCUUGGCAAACCUUCCUGCGCUCGACAAUGUGUAA